UAGUUGUAGUAUUUGGGUUUUGCACUUUCUUUUCCUUCCUUCUCCCAUUUCUUUCCCGAAAAAAUAUUCAUUUUCUUUCUCUGGUUUUUCUUGAUUUUUUCCUUCGGAAUUUUCUUAAAGAAAAUUAUAUAUUUCAUCGAUUAUGAGGAUCAGAAAAAGACCGAUUCAGCAAACUUUCUCUUCGAUUUCACCUCUUUCAUCAGAUCCCAACUUCAACAAGUCUCCGGUGGUGCAACACCCGCAACGGUGGCUGUCUCCUCCACCUUCUGAUCAACCAAGUCACCCGAUCCGUCGACAGAAACCCACCCAGGACCUUGAUUCAUCUGCUGUCCCUGAAACAACAACAAUAAGAGCAACACAUGGAAAAGAGCUGAAAAAGAAAGAAGAUCACUCGGUUUUGAAGCAAACAGGAGAGGACGAAAGGGGAGAAAAUGGGGAGAAGAGGAGUAAUUACACUACCAGGAAGAAAAGUGUUUCCGGUGAAGAACUAGGAAGGGGGUCUCUAUCCCAUCAAGCUGAGGGGAGCUGGUGUGAAGGAGAGAAGGCGUUUCCAUUGAAGAAAAUAAGAAUAAUGAAGAAAGAUAACGAUAAUAAUAAUGAAAAGAGUGGCAAAAAGUUCAGAAGUCGAAACGGUGCGUUAAUGGAAGGUUCGAGGUGCAGUCGAGUUAAUGGAAGGGGAUGGCGGUGUUGCCAACAAACACUCGUGGGUUACUCGCUCUGCGAGCAUCACUUGGGAAAAGGGAGGCUGAGGAGUAUCGCCAGUGUUAAAAGCAAUGCAGCAAAGAAGGAAGAUCCGCAACCGCCAUUGUCGAAACAAGGAAGUGAUCAGAAGACAGUGAUGAAGCUGGGGACGGUUAAAGCUCGAUCGAUAAGCAGUCUGCUGGGCCAAAACGACAAUGUAAUUGCAGUUUCUGAUGAUGAUUAG